ACAUCUCAACGACAAAGAGGAACGCGUAAAUGAAAUCUUCAUGCGUUAUAAGUUCGACGAAUUGGCCGCUGGUUUCUAUGAUUCCGAUGUAAAUGCUGCUGGGCUGCAUUUUUUCAAGGGCAAACCGAUCGUCGAUAAAAGUAAUGUGCUCAAAUUUUUAAAACUCAUGCCGAAAGGCGCCAACUUACAUAUGCACAACUCGGCCAGCGUGUCCUCCGAUUGGAUGGUGCGGAAUAUAUCUUAUAUGCCGGGUUUGCUGCGCUGCACCAACAAAGAAGGUAUCAGCAUCUUGAGUUUUCGACGUACGCCGAGGGAACAUGGCUGCGUGACGCAGUAUGUGCUGGUGAAUGAGGAACGCUUUCGUUCAAUCAGUCCUGCAGUGUAUGAUCGAAGUUUUGAGAAGCUCAUAAACUUGUAUACACCAAAGCCAGAUUCUGAUUAUCCAACGAUCAAACACGUUUGGCAAAAAUUCCAGAAUAUGUUUAGCACCACAGGCGACGUUUUGUCUUAUAUACCGGCUUUCCGAGCUUAUACGCGGCGCAUGCUCGAGGAGAUGUAUGAGGAUAAUCUGAUGUACGCGGAAGUGCGCAUGAGUUUUAAGGAGCUCUACGACUACAGUGGUCGGCUUUUCCCGCCAGAUCGCACUGUGAGUGAAUUACUAGUUAUUGUCGAGGAUUUUCGCAGAGAGUAUCCAAAAUUUUUGGGCAUCAAAACGAUUUACUCAACACAUCGCAAUGUUGAACGGCCGCGUGUGUUUCAGCAGUUUGAAACAUUCAAACAAUUGCAUAUAGCGAAUCCAGACUUCAUAAUUGGCUUCGAUUUGGUCGGUCAGGAGGAUCUUGGCAAGCCGUUGCAUAAUUUUGUCUCAGAGCUCGCUGAUCUGCCGAAGAGCGCAAAAUAUUUUUUCCAUGCCGGCGAAACGAAUUGGUAUGGCGCAUCCACAGAUUUCAAUUUGCUGGACGCUCUCUUAUUGAAUACCACACGCAUUGGCCACGGCUACGCAUUGAUGAAGCAUCCUAUUUUAUGGAACGCCGUAAAGAAACGUAAUGUGGCUAUCGAAGUCAGUCCAAUCUCUAAUCAAGUGCUAGGCUUAGUUGUCGAUUUGCGCAAUCAUCCGGGCAGUUUUUAUAUGUCACAGAACCUACCAAUGGUCAUUUGUAAUGAUGAUCCCGGAUUUUGGGGUAGCAAGGGCUUGAGUUAUGAUUUCUAUUAUGCCAUUAUGAGUUUGGCGCCGAACAAUGCAGGUUUGAAGACUCUUAAGAGCCUCGUCUGGAAUUCUCUCCGCUACUCAGUGCUGAGUAAACAGGAGGAGCGUGUGGCUUUCGAGAAGCUGGAAAAUGCCUGGGAUGAAUUUAUUGGUGACGUGUUGAAGGGGAAAGUGUUUUGAUA